GAGGAUAACAAAUGGACUCUGUCUCACUCAGAAUGGUGAAAUUCAACUGCAAUCAAAACGAAUUAGAACUACAGACUUACGUCGUGAGUCUGCGGCCUCCAUUUGUUCAACGGCGGGAGUCAGGAGAGAGUGCGGGGGGAUUGCUGCGAAGGACAUCAGAAGAUUCUUUGGUGGCCUUUCUACUGGGAAGAAACCUGGGAAUGAGGCUUUGGAAAAGAAUCGGGCGAAAAAUGUUGGCAAGAGCAUUUCAGAUGCGAAGAAGAAAACUGAUGCCAAGUUAAAGGAUUCACACGAUUCAAUGUCAGGAAAACCAAAGCCAGCACACCGGAAAAAACACAUCAUUUAUGAUUCAGAUUCUGAAUCUGAAGAGACUCCUCCAGAUAAGAAAUCCAAGAAAAACUCUUGCACCACCAAACCUAUGAAAGCUUCUAAACUAGCGACUGUUACAGUGAUUUCUGAAACUGAUGAAGAGGAGGAUUUUCAACAAAGUAGGAAGAUUGUCCAGAAAUAUCAAGAAAAUGGUAGCCACCCUGGAACAUCUGGCUCUGGAAGGUCUGCAGACAGUAAACCACAGGUCAAACCACCACAGCCUAAACCAGCAAGUCCAGUGAAAUUCACCUGCACAUCAGUGCGCGAUUACUUUGGCACAAGCACAGUGCAGAGAUCAAAUAAAAAACUGGUGGCUAGCAAAAGAAAAGCACCUUCAGGCAAUGCUGAUUCCACAAUAGAUGACGAGGAGCUAGCUCGCCAGCUGCAGCUUGAUGAGGAUGCAGAGCUUGAGAGGCAGCUGCACGAGGAUGAACAAUUUGCUAAAACACUGGCCGUGUUGGAUGAAUUGCCAAAAAGUAAAAAGGCACGUACUGAUUCUGAAGGCCAGGAACUGUCUUUAUCCUUGGUUGUAAAGGCUGAACCCCGUAAAACAGAUGAACAAGCAGGAGAACAUUCUGGUAAAUCCAAGAUGUUGAGUGAAACUGACAGUAAUGUGAAAAAUUGUACUGAAAAAAUUGUAAGUAGCAAAUCGCAGAGCUUGAGGACUUCUGCCCAACAGUCAUCUGAAUCUUCCGGUGCUAAAGUGGAAAAAUCAUCUAGUAAAUUAUCUCCAGUCAAAAGCAGUACAAAACUUGCUAUCAUGAAACAUAAAGAAGAAUUGACUCAUGUGAUAGGGAGCAGUCCAACAAGAUCAGCCCGAGAGAAGAAAAUGUCGCCAAGGAAAGAAGAGACAACUGGGCUUUCAAAGAAAGGACAAACCAAGAUUACUCCAAAGAAAGAAAAAAAAACUGUCUCUUCAAAUAAAGAAAAAAUUUCUCCAAACAAAGAAAAGAAAAUAUCCCCAAAUAAACCUGAGUCUGAGAACCCAGAGAAUGCUGAAAAGAAGCGUCAGAAUUACCUGGCCUACCGUAGCUUCCUGAACCGUGAUGGCCCUCGAGCCCUGGGGUCUAAAGAAAUCCCUCAGGGAGCGGAGAACUGCUUGGAAGGGCUUUCGUUCGUUAUUACAGGAGUCUUGGAGUCCAUGGAACGUGAUGAUGCUAAAUCUUUAAUCGAACGCUACGGAGGGAAGCUGACAGGAAAUGUUAGCAAGAAAACCAAUUACUUGGUAACUGGUCGAGAAGGUGGACGAGCAAAACUGGACAAAGCUGAGAGUCUUGGAACAAAGCAAAUUGAUGAAGAUGGAUUGCUGGAUCUAAUUCGUAGAUUGCCAGGAAAGAGAUCCAAAUAUGAGAUUGCAGCUGAAAAUGAGGUUAAGAAAUCAAAUAACGCAAGAGAGAGUGGCAGGGUCAUGCAGAAAGACGAACACCACAGCAAGCAGAUCACACCGACAUCGAAGAAGCAUUGUGAAGAUAAAAAGAGCAGUCCGUCAACACCUGAAAAUGGCGAGUCUUCAAGAUGUGCAAAGAGGAGCAUUUUAUUCAAAGCAGAUCCUUUCGGCAAUGAACCUGCCGUGAAAUGUGAACCUCAAUUGCAGACUUUAGUGAAGGAAGAGCAGAGUUUGCUGUGGGUGGAUAAGUACAAACCUGCAGCGCUAAAGAACAUAAUAGGACAACAAGGGGAGCAGAGCUGUGCAAAUAAACUAGUUCGUUGGUUGAAGAGAUGGCAUAUGAACAACUCUGGAGACAGCAAACCCACAGCGAAAUCCAACAAAUUUGGUGGAAAGGAUGAUGGUUCAACUUUCAAAGCUGCGCUGCUGUCUGGUCCUCCUGGUGUAGGUAAAACAACUACAGCUACUCUAGUCUGUAAGGAUCUGGGCUACAGCUAUGUUGAACUUAAUGCCAGUGUCACUCGCAGCAAAAACACACUGAAGGAAGUGAUAGCAGAGUCACUCAACAAUACAAGUAUCAAAGGAUUCUCCUUAGGAGCACCAUCAGUAAGCACCAAACACUUGCUAAUCAUGGAUGAGGUGGAUGGGAUGGCUGGCAAUGAGGACAGGGGAGGGAUACAGGAAAUGAUUUCUCUCAUUAAACAGACCAAAGUCCCUAUUCUCUGUAUAUGUAAUGACCGAAAUCAUCCCAAGAUCCGUUCACUGGCCAAUUACUGCUUUGACCUCCGCUUUCAGCGGCCUCGAGUAGAACAAAUCAAGGGCGCAAUGAUGACUGUUGCUUUUAAAGAAGGCUUGAAGAUUCCCCCUCCAGCUCUGAAUGAAAUUAUACUUGCAGCAAAUCAGGACAUCAGACAGGUUCUGCAUAAUCUCAGUAUGUGGUGCGUAGAGAGCAAGACUUUGACUUAUGAUCAAGCAAAAGAAAAUGGCAGCAAGACAAGGAAAGAUACUAAACUGGGUCCAUUUGAUGUCGUGAGAAAAGUAUUUGCUGCUGGAGAGGAGACUGCCCAUAUGAGUCUGAUCGACAAGUCCGACCUUUUCUUCCAUGAUUACUCAAUAGCGCCACUGUUUGUGCAAGAAAACUAUUUGCAUGUGAAGCCCGCAGCUGCUGGAACAAACAUGAAGAAGCACCUCAUGCUUUUGAGUAAGACAGCAGAAAGUAUCUGUGAUGGAGAUCUUGUUGAUAAAAGAAUUCGUUCUCUGCAGAUGUGGAAUCUGCUCCCUACUCAGGCCAUUUAUGCCAGUGUGAUCCCUGGUGAAUUGAUGAGGGGAUACAUGUCACAGUUUCCAAGUUUCCCAAGCUGGUUGGGAAAGUUUUCAUCCACUAAUAAACACGAUCGCAUUGUGCAAGAACUUACCAGGCACAUGUGCCUAAGGACACAUGCCAGUAAGCAAGCUGUAAACUUGGAUUAUCUUCCUUACCUGCGGGAUGCUCUGGUGCAGCCUCUGUCACUUCAGGGAACAAAUGGUGUUCACGAGGCAGUUGCAACAAUGAAUGCGUAUUAUCUGAUGAAAGAGGAUGUGGAUAGUAUCAUGGAGGUUAGCAGCUGGGCUGGUCGACCUGAUCCUUUCUCAAAACUAGAUCCUAAGGUGAAAGCUGCAUUUACACGGACCUAUAACAGAGAGACACACUUGACUCCCUAUGCACUACAAGCUGUAAAGAAAUUGAAACGUGGAAGUGCAGCUGGAUCAUUACUGGACUCUGAUCUUAAUGACGACUUUCAGACAGAGGAUGUACAGUCAGAAGAGACUGAGGAUAAUUUGGAAUUAGACGGAAUGAUUAAGCCAAAGAAACCAAAAACAAAAAACAAAAUGGAAGAACAAAUAUCACAGAAAGGAAGAAAAGACAAGGGGAAACGAAAGGCAACCAAAUGAUAUUGUCCAGAGAUCAGCUGAUUUUUUUUCAAAAUCUGAUUGUAGCUCUGCUGAUAGGAAACAGAAUUGCAGAGACCAAUUUGAAUGUUUGCUGCUCAAUAUGACAAUUCAAGGCAGAGUAUAGUUCCUUUCAGCUUCUAUAAAUUUAUAUUUACUGUCUUUACUGACUGAAGUAGAGAUGUGUGAGAAUUAUUCACUGUAUAUAUGCAAUGCGAAAAAACUACCCUUUAGGUAUUUUUUUGAAACUGUACAUUAACAAAAUUUGGCACAAAUUUCUUUUUUGAAUAAAGUAAUUUUUGCAGUCUCAUCUGCACCAGGAA